CGGGACAUCCACUCCAAGCACAAGUGCACAGCACAAGACGAGCUCAGAACCACAAGAGCUCAAGGAAGAUAUCAUGGAGAGAAGCUGCAAGCAAUGGCAAGAUCAGCUACUGGUGCUCGCGCUCGCGUUCCUCCUCUUUGCGCCUGCUUUGGUGCAGUGCGCGGGCGCCGGAGCUGAUGGCGAGAAGGACGGGCUGGCGUCGCCGGGGAAGACGGUGCCCCCUGGGUGGACAGGCGACUCGGGGUCGGGCCAGGGGUCCAGCCCUGACGGGUCCUGGCAGUACAAGUGGGGAUGGGCUGCUGGGCCUGGUGGAAAGGGCUCCGGUUUCGGCUACGGUUACGGCGGCAGCGGUGAUGCAGGUGGCGGCGGCGGAUCACGUGGUGGUAGUGCCAGUGUCGGAGGUGUACGGAAUCACGGAUACGGUGGCCGUCCCGGUAGCUAUGGUGGUAACGAUGCUGGGGGCUACAAGGGUGAAGCCGGCGGAGAAGGGGCGUUCGCGGACGGAGAUGGUGCCGCAGGCUGGAACAAGCGUGGCCGAUUCCGCGGCGGAAGGACACAGAAGAAGCAGGACGAUGCCGGCAAAAACUGAAGCUGCCCGUCGUUUCCUCUUAGCCAUGUUUGCUCCGUCCAUAAAUAAGCGUAUAUCUAGCUAUUUGGAUAAGUCAAAUUUUAUUAACUUUGACCAACUUUCUGUGGAAAAGUAACAACAUUUAUGACACUAAACUACCAUCACUAGAUUCAUCUCAAAAUAUAUUUUCAUAAUAUAGUAAUUUGAUGUCACAUAUGUUGCUAUUUUCUUGUAAAAGAGUGGUCAUAGUUGAUAAAGUUUGACUUAUCCAAAAAGCUAAACGUACACUUAUUUGUGGACGGAGUGAGUAGCGACCAGUCAUGGCAUAAGUAAUGCUAGUAUCGGUAAAGCAGUACGUCUACUCGUAUGAAAUAAAGGAUGUGCCUCAAAACUUGUACCGUGUGUAUAUAGGAAAAAGUCUAUUUCAAACCCUGAACUCGUAGAGGUUCGGCGAAAUGAACCCGAACUUCAAAUCCCGUCGUUUGUACCCUGAACUAUUGAAUCCCGUCUAAAUUCCAUUCGAAAUAGUCAUGUUCGUCAA